AUGGCAAAAGUGCAGGAGCGUCUCGCCGUGCUCAGCUUAAACAUCUUCUGCCGCCCUGAAGGCAUCCACAGCGGUCAGUGGUUCAAGACUGGCGACUACAAAGACUUGAGGGUAGCGUUACUGCUUCGUAAGAUGACCAAAUUCGACGUGGUGAUCCUCCAGGAGAUGUUCGAGGCCGGACCAAGACAGAAGCGCUUCGUGCGGGAAGCCUACGCCAUGGGCUUCCGCUACCACUGCGGAUCUGUGUGGCCGCGACUAUUGGACUCUCGUCUUAUUGAUGGCGGACUGUUGAUCCUCAGUCGUUAUCCGAUCGUGGAGCGCGACCAGCUCGCGUACUCGCAGGGCGCUGGAAGUGACGGAAUCUGUGCCAAAGGCGUGCUCUACGCUCGUAUCCAGUUAUCGCCAGACCUCUCAGACUCACUUCAUGUAUUCACUACACACACUCAAGCAGGUGACAACUACAAGGACUACAGUAUUCGCCUCGCUCAGAUCCAGGAGAUGCACCGUUUCGUUGCCAGAACGAUCCGAGACGACCCCGGAGUGCCUGUCCUCAUCACAGGCGACUUCAACCUCGACGCUCGACACGAUUUAGUACACGACUCGCAAACUGGGCUGGUCACAUCUACUCGGUGUCGAGAGAGCAAAGUGUACCAGCAACUUGUGGCGGACUUUGAGCGUGUGGUACGCGAGGCAAGGUUGAACUUCGCGAGGGUAGCGGGAAAAACUGUCGACGCAGACAACACAGCAGAGUCUCUGAUGAUCGACCUUAUGAAGCGAUGUGAUACUACCAAGCUUGGCGAUGAGAUCCACCCGAUCACGAAUGGUGACGGACAUUCGCUACUGUUUCAUAAGACAGACCCACUGUCUCUCGAGAAAGAUGGCAAGUGUAUCGACUACAUGUUCUUCUGUCCAGGGAUCAAUGACCAGACAACGCCCCCAGUCUCCGCCACCACUAGCACCGACAUAUCACCACGUUUCCGCUUGACGUUGGUGGAAAAGGGCACAACAGUGGACCAUUGCUCUGUGAACGAGCUUACCGAAGACGAAAACUACAGCGACGUAGGUGAUCGCUCUCCACUUCGUCGGCUGUUGCCGAUAUCGCAUUUAUCUGAUCACUACGGACUGCGUGCCAUCUUUCUGCUGGAAACCUCGAGUCUGGAACAUCCGGACGGGACUCCAGUAUCGAUGAACGAGUCGCUUGCUUCGGUGCUGCAACUCUACUUCCCUCAGCACGCCUUUGCGCAACAACCGCGACGUCUCUGGAAGUGGAAACUUGCAUUUGCGCUACUUGCGAUCGUUGCCUCUGCAGGUGGCGUCACUCUCAUACUUGUCCGCACGGCGUUGAGUAUCGUGCUGAGGUAA